GCUGGAAAGUAGAGUAGAAGAAAAAUCCUGUCAUGUAUAAUAAGACUGGGCUUUAAUUCCAGGCAGAGGCAACAGCCUCUGCCCUCUGAAUGGGAAACAGGCAUCUGUUUUAUCCCAGAGGUUGCCCCCUGUGGUAAUGAGCACCACUUACUCAGACCCCAGGAAUCCUAGGGGGCAGAGAAGGCCCCAGGAAGCCCAGCCUCAUUGUCCAAGAUCAUCUAUCUGUGGCUGAUACUCAGGGAAGGUUCCCCAUGUACAUUGUCCUGCCUGAAGGGCACUAGCUUCCUUGGAAAGAGACAGAACCGGCAUCCCCGAGCCUCUGUACCGCCAUUACUGGCCAGCAGAACUCCAGGAUUCUUUGCCACCUGAAGGCCUCCCCCAGGCCCUUCUGAGAUGGCAACCGGAGUGAAGAAUGCCCCAAACCACGUCAUCUUCAAGAAGGUCUCCCGGGACAAGUCGGUGACCAUCUACCUGGGGAAGAGGGACUACAUCGACCAUGUGGACCAGGUGGAGCCUGUGGAUGGUGUUGUCUUGGUUGAUCCCGAGCUCGUGAAAGGGAAGAAAGUCUUUGUGUCUCUGACGUGUGCAUUCCGCUACGGCCAGGAGGACAUCGAUGUCAUCGGCCUGACCUUCCGCAGAGACCUGUAUUUCUCCAGGGUGCAAGCGUACCCUCCCAUCAACACGGCCAACACGCCAACCAAACUGCAGGAGAGCCUCCUGAAGAAGCUAGGGAUCAAUGCCUGCCCUUUUCUCCUCACGUUUCCUGACUACUUGCCCUGCUCAGUCGCUCUCCAGCCAGCUCCUCAAGACGUGGGCAAGUGCUGUGGAGUGGACUUUGAGGUGAAAGCAUACGCCAUAGACAUCGCAGAAACAGAAGAGGAAAGGGUGCCCAAAAAGAGCUCCGUCCGCCUACUGAUCCGCAAAGUCCAGCACGCCCCUCCUGAAAUGGGGCCCCAGCCCCAGGUAGAGACAGCCUGGCAGUUCUUCAUGUCCGACAAGCCCCUGCACCUGGCCGUCUCUCUCAGCAAGGAGAUCUAUUUCCAUGGCGAGCCAAUUCCUGUGACCGUGAGCGUGACCAAUAACACAGAAAAGGUCGUGAAGAAGAUUAAAGUGUCAGUGGAACAAGUCGCCAACGUGGUCCUGUAUUCAAGUGACUACUACGUCAAACCUGUGGCCACAGAGGAGGCUCAUGAAAAAGUGCCACCCAAUGGAACCUUAACAAAGACGUUGAUGCUUACCCCCUUGCUGGCUAAUAAUCGAGAAAGGCGGGGCAUUGCCCUGGAUGGAAAAAUCAAGCACGAAGACACAAACUUGGCCUCCAGCACCAUCAUUAAGGAGGGGAUAGACCGAACAGUGCUGGGAAUUCUAGUGGCGUAUCAGAUCAAAGUGAAGCUCACCGUCUCAGGCUUUCUGGGAGACCUCACCUCUAGUGAAGUGUGCACUGACUUACCAUUCCGCCUCAUGCACCCCCAGCCUGCAGACCCAGCCAAGGAGAGCUCAACGGGUGAAGAUUUGGUCUUUGAGGAGUUUGCUCGUCAAAAUCUGAAAGACGCUGCUGACAAUGAAGAAGAAAAAAAAGAUAAAGAAGCACCAGCAGCUGAUGACUGAAUGGAACAAAGACUGAAUGGUGCUGGUGCAGAGGAUGUAGUUCAUAGGUGCGGCUCUAGAUCUAGAAAGGCCCUCAAAGGUCACUCAGUCCAACCCCCUCCUUUUACAGAGGAAGAGCUAAGGCCCCAUGUUUUCUGCAAUGUCACGAAAGUGGAACCAACUUAGUUAGGCAGAGUCCUAGUCUCAUCCAUCUCCUUAGGAGACAAACCUCGUUAAAUAGGCUUUCUAGGUAAACUAAGUCAGUUUGUAGAUUAAACCACUUAGAGGGCUCAGCACAUGCUAAUUUGAGAAGGGAGAUUUGUAUAUCAUCAAGUCACCAAGAAAGCGCAGUGAACGUAAACACCAUGAAACAAACAACCUGAGGAGUCCGAUAGUGAUCAUCGAUACUCAGUGAUACCAAGUAGAGUCGUUUGCCCACAGUCACCAAGGCGUCUGCCUCCAGACCCUUCGUGGCACCACACAGCCAUCCAGGUCAGCACAGAGAGCCCAAGAGCCAAGAGAAAGGACAGAAGUAGUUUGUAGUGUCGGGAGCUUUCCC